CAAAUCACUACACAAUGGCCCCUCGUACCCUCCAAAUUGCCUGCGCCGGUCUCGGCCGCAUGGGAAAGCGUCAUGCCCAGAACCUCCUGCACCGGUCACCUCGCUCGACCCUAGUGGCAGCCUUCACCCCAGACCCCAUCGAAGCCGAAUGGGCAGAGACCAACCUGGUCCCCUACGGCGUGACCAUCUACUCCGACUACGAUGCUCUCCUGGCCCACCCAGGCCUGGAAGCCGUGCUGGUGUCCACCAUAACCACCGUGCACGCCGAACAAUCCAUCAAAGCCAUCGAAGCAGGCAAGCACGUUCUAUGCGAGAAGCCUCUCUCCACUGAUGCAGCCAUCUGCCAAUCCGUCGUCAACGCCGCAACCCUCCACCCCGACCUCAAAGUAAUGUGCGGCUUCUCCCGCCGCUUCGACACCUCCUACCGCGACGCCUACACCAAAAUGACCGCCGGCCUAAUCGGCACCCCCAGCAUCAUCCGGAGCCAAACAUGCGACAAAAUCGACCCCACCGGCGCCUUCGUCAACUUCGCCGCCACCUCGGGCGGCAUCUUCUGCGACUGCUCCGUCCACGACAUCGACCUAAUCCUCUGGUUCUUCGGGGCGUCCAGCAAAGUCAAAUCCGUCGUCGCUAGCGGAACGGUCUCAUUACACCCGGAGCUAAAAGCGUACGGGGACGCCGACAACGCCGUGGGUAUUAUCGAGUUCUACGGAGGUCGGGUGGCAUAUCUGUAUUGUUCGCGGAUGAUGGCCGCGGGCCAGGAAGAUACGACGGAGAUUAUCGGGACGGAGGGGAAGUUAGUGGUGAAUGGGCAGGCGCAGAAGAAUCUGGUGGGGAUCUUUGAUGCGAGCGGGGCGAGACGUGAGUUGCCGGCGCAUUACUAUGAGCGGUUUGAGGGGGCGUUUGUGGAUGAGGUGAAUGAGUUUGCGGAGGCGUGUUUGGAUGGGAAGGAGCUGCCGAUGGGGAUUCAGGGGGCGGUGGAGGCGGUCAAGAUUGCGAGGGCGUUACAGGACUCGUUGGGGAGUGGGGAGAAGGUGCGGUUUGGGGAGGAUGGGGAGAGGGUGUGA